AUGGUGUAUUCGUGGAAGUCUUUAAUUUUCGGUGAUUCUGACUCAUUUGAGGAUAAAUUCCCCUUACACUACCAUUUACUGAAAAAUGAUAUUUCGGGUGUAAUUGAGCAGUUAAAACUUGGCGCAGACCCACUUAAGAAGGACAAAAGGGGAGAAGACGCUCUCUGUCUUGCUCUAAAGUUUUUCAUAAAAUAUUUUAACAAAUGUUUAAUGACUCCUGUUUCUCUUGGGGUUUCAACUAAAAAUAGCGAAUUUUCUUCAAAUCUUAAUUCCAAUGGGAGAUAUAGUAGUUUUAAAUCAACUUUCACCAAAUUUAACAGUCUGAACUCCAAUUUGAAUGAUUCCGCUCAUUUAAUGUUUCAUACACCAUGUAAUAUAGGUCGGUUGAGUACGGUUGAGAAUGGUGAACUUGAGAGCUUAGAAACUCAAAGAUGUGUAGAGUACUUUGUCAGAUUUCAGGAGGUUUCAUGGUGUGUUUCUCACUUUUUCUAUAAUCCUCGGGAUGAAGAAAUGAUAUUGGCUGUUCACGCUAGGCUGUUGAAGAAAACUCGAGGAUUCUUGUCUGUUUUAAAGAUAAUGUGUGAGAACACCAGUUAUAGGAUGAUUGCCAGGGAAUACUUGGUGGAGAACAUAUCAAUGCUGGGUCAUCCCCUUUUAUAUAUAGGAAUAAUGGACCAUCUGUUCAAUAUAUUUCCACAUGACUCUUACGGGAGAAAGCUUAAUAUGAAGGACGUUAAAGACUGCAAGUGGUUAUAUACAUAUGCAACUAGGGCCAAACUUAGCGGUAUUUACGUAAUGAAGUUUGUUACUCAAAUUUGUGACUUACUUCAACAGCUCUUCGCACUUCUAAGUCAUCCCACUGAGUCCAUUAAUCCAGAAUAUUCUCCAUUUGUUGACAGUAAAAAGUUUGAACACAAACAGAGAAUUCUAGAGUUAGAGUCGUUGCCUCUGAAUAUAAUGGAAAUGUACGCAAAUUUGGCAUUUGUAACUGAUCUGCCAAUACUCUUCAGUGUUAUGUUAUUGCAGCCAAAGUUCGAUCUAAAAAACACACAAUUUAACUGGAAUCUCCUAAUCAACACCAUUAGUAAGAGAGGGCAAAAUUUGGGAUCAAAAACUGAAAUGUUAGGCAGAAAUCGUUUUUUAAUUCCUAUGCAAUAUAACUGA